AUGAUAUAUAUACAUAGAGAGAGAGAGAUGGAUUUGAUGCUAUCGUUUCUCCCUUGGUAUAUUUCCCGUUCCAGACUUCUUUGGUCGUUUCCAAAAAGUUUUCGGCGGUCCAAAAUCUUCAAAACAGUGUCGGCAACGACAAGAGGUUUUACUCAUAUCCGUUAUAUCAUAUCAAGCACCCAUCUUGCAACUGACUAUUGUUCAAGCAACAUGCCGUCAGGAUACUGUUCAUCUUCCUCAGGUCGCAACACUUCCGGUUUCAGUGGCACUGGCCGAGGUAAUCAAAAUACAAGGCCCAGUCACUCUUCUUACUCGAGAGAUACAACUCAAUCCGGAUCCCGAUCUGGAUCUGAUCGAUAUACGGGAUCGAGUAGUCGACCAGCAUAUGGAAGUUCGACGUCUCGCUCGUCUUAUACUCGAGACAACACCUACUCGAGCUACGGUCCUGGCUUCUCCACGAGUCAAAGUCAUAGUCGAUACGGCAGGGACCCGUCAGUCAGACGGCCGAGGUACUCGGAGUUGGAAGAACCUCCUGCCCCUCAUCAACCCAUUUUUCAGCCCGACGAGCCAGAACCCAACGCGCCGACGUACCCUACGGAAGGUGGAACCCCGGCGACGAGGCGGCACGAGUUUGCGACUCCCCUUCCCAACCCGUCGGUCUGGGGCUGGGACCUCGAGUUUGACGAUGUAGGACGCGAUCGGGAGACCGAGGAGCCUUUUAGGUCGAGAAGAGGUCAGCGUUGA